CGUCACUCAUAUUUGGGUGAUGGAACCGCUACGGAAGCAUGUCCCUCACCCAGAUGUGAUUUGUAUAUAAAGUUUCUAUACGGUCCUAUAUUUCAUACAAUACAAUGUUUACAGAACUAAAGAAAUUGUUUCUAUGAGAAUCUAUUAAUAUAUAUUUUAGAGAUUAGAAAUGGCAAAGAGAAUACAACCAUUUUGGAUUCCACCGCAAGGAAAAAAUAGUGUAAUUCUCAAAUUGUUCAACAGUUUGACUAGAAAUAAAGAAAUAUUUAUUCCUCAAUUUGGAAAUCAUAUAUUAUGGUAUAGUUGUGGCCCUACAGUUUAUGAUGCAGCACAUAUGGGACAUGCUAGAUCAUAUAUAUCCUUUGAUAUAUUAAGACGUGUGUUAUCUGAUUAUUUUGGAUAUAAUAUUUUAUAUGUAAUGAAUAUUACUGACAUAGAUGAUAAAAUUAUAAUAAGAGCUAGACAAAAUUAUUUAUAUGAGAAAUAUAUAAAAGAGAAUCAUACUCUUGAUAAAAUUUUGGAUGAUGCAAAAAAUGUAAUGUUCAUUUUUGAAGAUACAGUGAAGAAUACAAAUGAUGUAGAUAAGAAAUCUAUGCUACAGAAGAUAUUGUGUAAUGUAGAAAGGGCUAUUGAAAAUCUUGAGAAUGCAGUAAAACUUAAAGAUGAGGAUAAAAUGAAGGAAUUUCAAGAAUUGUUACUAAAAGAAAUGCGAGAUCCCUUAGCAGAAUGGUUGGAUAAAAAGAAAGGAGCUACAAUUACGGAACAUUCAAUUUUUACCAAACUAGCGCAACAUUGGGAAGUGGAAUUUCAUAAAGAUAUGAAUUCUUUAAAUGUAUUAAGACCAAAUGUUUUAACAAGAGUUAGUGAAUACAUUCCUGAAAUUAUAGCAUUUAUUAAAAAAAUUAUAGAAAAUGGAAUUGCAUAUGAGAGUAAUGGUUCUGUGUAUUUUGAUGUUGCCACCUUUGAUAAACAAGAUAAACAUUAUUAUGCUAAACUUGUUCCAGAAGCAUAUGGUGAUACAUCAAGUUUACAAGAAGGAGAAGGAGAUUUAAGUACAUUAGAGGUAUCUGAAAAAAGAUCAGCAAAUGAUUUUGCUCUUUGGAAAUGUUCAAAAGAAGGAGAGCCACGGUGGGAAAGUCCUUGGGGUAAAGGACGGCCAGGUUGGCAUAUAGAGUGUUCAGUUAUGGCAUCUAUAAUUUGUGGAGAAAGUUUAGACAUUCAUAGUGGAGGAGUAGAUUUAAAGUUUCCCCACCAUGAUAAUGAAAUAGCACAAGCAGAAGCAUAUUUUAAUCAUUCUAAUUGGGUUAAAUAUUUUCUCCAUUCUGGUCAUUUAACUAUAGCAGGAUGCAAAAUGUCGAAAUCAUUAAAAAAUUUCAUUACUGUACAAGAUGCAUUGAAAAAACAUUCUGCAAGGCAACUUAGGCUUGCAUUCCUUUUGCAUUCAUGGAAAGAUACAUUAGAUUAUAGUGAUAAUACCAUGCAAAUGGCAGUUCAAUAUGAAAAGUUUUUAAAUGAAUUUUUUUUAAAUGUAAAGUGUGAGAUUAGAUCUUUAGGUACAGAAAUAAACAUUAAUACCUUUACUAAAUGGACAAAUUUUGAAGUAGAAUUGAAUGAAAAGUUUCAUAAUGCCAGAGAUCUUGUACAUAAUGCAUUAUGUGAUAAUAUUGAUACAAGAAGUGCGCUUGAUGCAAUUAGAGAUCUUGUAGUGCACUGUAAUAUUUAUAUGAAACAGAUUAAACAUCCAAAUACAUUGUUGCUUAGAGAUGUUGCAGUUUAUAUUACAAAAAUGUUUACUAUAUUUGGAGCUAUAUCAUCAACACAUAAUGCUAUUGGUUUCCCAGUAGAUAGCAAUACUGCGAAUUUAAAUGUUGAAGAGGUUGUUAUGCCAUAUCUCGAAGUUCUGGCAAAUUUCCGUGAGAAAGUAAGAAAUUAUGCAAAAACUUUGGAAGCUAGUAGUAUUCUUAAUGAAUGUGAUACAUUACGUGAUGAUAUUUUACCAAAUAUUGGAGUACGUUUGGAGGAUAGUAAUGAGGAGGUUUGUAAAAUUAAAUUAGUAAAUAGAGAAGAACUUUUAAAAGAAAAGGAAUGUAAGAUGCAAAUGGAGUUGGAAAAAACAUUAGAAAAGGAAAAGAAGAAAGUGGAAGCUGCUGCUGCAGCUGCACUAAAAGAAGCACAAAAAAAGAUUCCACCUUCUGAGAUGUUUAAAUUAGAAGAAACUAAAUAUUCUCAAUUUGAUAGUAAGGGUUUACCAACGCAUGAUAUCAAUGGUAAAGAAAUCAGUAAAGGACAGAUGAAAAAGUUGCAAAAAUUGCAGCAAGCACAAGAAAAGAGAUAUAAUGAAUAUCUUGCUUCUAUUUAAUUUAUGAUGUUUAACAUUUUUAUCUGCAUAGUAUUAAUCAAAUGCAUCGGAGAAAUUAUUGUUUAAGAAGGAUAUUGGUUUCACCCUCCUGAAAUAUUUAUUUUCAUUUUAUUUGCUUAUUAUUGCAUUGUUCAUUAAUUUAUUA